AAAACGGGCGGAUUUUUUGUACUUUUAUAAAAAUAUAUCAAAAAAAUCAAGUAAAGAAAACGGCCAGCACGAUGACAGACUUGCGCAACGACAUGGACAGCGAUCUGGACCAAAACUACUCCCUGAACAGUAAUGCGGAUCCAAAGAACAUGCAGGAAUUGACGAUCUAUGUGCAAAAUCUCUUACAGAACGUGCAGGACAAAUUCCAGACUAUGUCGGACCAGAUAAUCACCCGCAUCGAUGAUAUGGGCAAUCGUAUUGAUGAUCUGGAGAAGAGCAUUGCCGAUCUGAUGAAUCAGGCGGGCGUCGAAGGACCGGAAAAGUAGAACCGCAAUAAUCUGGGCAGCCAAACCAAAAAAUCUGACUAUACAUAUGUACAUACAUAUGUAUAUCAACGCGGGAGCCACGCCCUCAUAAAAAACAUGCAAUGCGCCCACGGCAUGCAUUCAAAUAACAGUAGCUAGUAGUCAUGGCACUCACAUAUACACACACACUCAAAUUGUACACAUACUCAGUUCGACGUUCCAUUCAUUAUUCAUAUUAUUCGCCCAUCACCGUCACCCAAUUGCUCUGAAACUGUACACCCAUUUUGCUCAUGGUUUGCAUAGUUUUAAGUUCUAUCCUAAGUUAAGUGUCCUUUUUGAAAUAUUUGUAAACUAAAGAGCAUUUGGAUUCCAUUGUCUAGUGGAGGGAAACUUUGAAAGAUUUUGCCUUUUGUUUUAUUAAAAGCAAAUUGUACGUACACAA